GAACAUCUUACCAAAGCCAUUUUGUGAGCACGGCAAGGGGGAGUUUUCACAGGAACCAUGGCUGCACAAGAUCCUCCUACAAAUAAUGGUGCGGAAGAGGAGGAAGAAGAUUACAUGAACAUGGUCAUCGCGGAGCCCAGCAAGCCCAGAGAGAAGGAGACUUACACCCAGCGACGUCUGCGCAAGGAACGGGAAGCCGAAGCUCGAGGACGUGUCAAAUCAAAGGCAGAACGCGCAGCAGAUGAAGCAGCAGCUCGAGAGGCAGCACUCUCGGCCUCUCUCCUUACAGACCCAGAAAAUGCGUCCAAGAACAAGGGACUAGCCAUGAUGGCGAAGAUGGGCUUUAAGCCUGGUAGUGCACUGGGAAGUAAGGAUAACGUCGGGGCCAGGACAGAACCGAUCAGUAUAAACAUGAAGGAGGAUAGGGGUGGCAUCGGAUUGGAUACGGAGAAGAAGAGGAAGUUUAGGGAGGAAGUGGAGAAGGAGGCGAAGAGAGUCAAAGCAGAGGAGGGAGAUUAUAGAGAAAGGGUCCGAAGAGAGAGGGAGGAAGCCAGAUUGGAAGGUAUGGUAGGUGCGGCCAUGAGGGUAGCGGAACGCAUGAAUGGGGAGAGGGAAGAACAGGCAGCACUGGAUGCUGGAGAAGACCUUGACGAAACUACAGAUGGUACCAAAAAACGCAAGAUAUCGGUCAAACCCCUGAAACAGAUCAAUGUUCUGUGGCGAGGAUUGAUUCGAAGAAGGGAAGAAAAGGAGCGGGAUCGAAGAAUGCGGCAUGAUCUACAGCAGAGUCUGUCGCGAUUGCCCACUUACGAUGACCCGGACGAAGAUUCAGAUGACAAGAGAGCUUUGGGCAAAGAGGCAGCUCGAUACACAGUUGUCGAAGAUCUCGAAGAAGAAGACCCUGAACUAGAUGAGUUCAAUGCCUUGGACCCAGCACAACGAUUGCAAAAGCUGGUGGAGCAUUUGAGGCAGGAGUACAAUUACUGCUUUUGGUGCAAAUACACUUAUCCAGACAAGGAGAUGGACGGGUGUCCGGGUCUAACAGAAGAAGAUCAUGAUUGAUGUAUUAAUGUUUUUGAAUCACUAGCGUUUAUAGACUCAUGAUACCCAGUUGAUGUUUUUAGAAUCUUCGUCUAUACUAAAAUUAUUCAUUCGCUAGGUGUAUUUACAUCUCCAAAGAUCUAUCUAUGUUGUACAAGGGGGUAUUGUGCUAUAAUACAGUUACUGUGACUCUUGGCUGCCACUGUGCUCCAUCCAUCCAGAACACUCUGGUACACCCAUUUGUUCUGCCGCAAUUUUCGAUACCUCAGUAAUGCUGCCCAACUGGGCUUCUAAGCCUUUCACCUUCGCCUGAUAUACAUAUUGAAGCAAAUUUGAAAGCAGAAUCAAUGAUUCCUCAAGUUUUUCCUCUUCUUGCAAUUUUUCAAAGUCAAUGCCCUG